AUACGAUACUAUUUCCAUUAAUAAAUAUGUGUGACGUUGCAACGGUGCAGAAAAUUGCUAACUGCUUGGGCGUUGCACCCGGUGAAAUACAGCUAAAUGACGAACAGGUCGUAACACGCAUUGGCGCCCAAAACAAUAGGGUGACGGGCUUUGCCACCAUACUAGAAAGCUUGGCGGUUGAAUCCAAAUCAGAAAUAGCACAAAAUAGUAUUGCAUCCCCGGAAGUGCAGGCACAGGUCUAUCAAUGGAUUGAAUUUGCAGUUCUUUAUGUUGGACCCGGCUCAAAAGAUAAGCAUGUAUCCAAGCAAUUGCUAGCGGACUUGAACAAUCUGUUUAGCAGGAAAUCCUAUUUGGUGGGACACUUCUUAACACUCGGCGAUCUCGCAGUGUUUUAUGCUAUCGGUGAUCUUAUUAAAUCCCUGUCGCCGGUGGAUAAGGAAAACUAUUUGAAUUUGUCUAGAUGGUAUGAUCACUUGCAGCAGCGACCCGACAUACAUCAAGGCGAGACUCUGCUCAAUUUUACAACCAUUUACCUGCACAACUGGGCGACAGGCACACACCUUUGAAUUAGCAAAAGGAAACCGAUUCAAUAUUUAUUUCUAUUGUACCACACACACACCAAUUCAUGCAUACAUAUUCAUCGAUGCAUAUGAGGGAGUGUGACUGUGUGUGUGAUUGAAUGUCAAUGAGUGAAGAGCGCUGGAAUCUUGUUUAUCGUUAUCGAUAACAUUUCAUUUGAAAAAGAAAUAUAUAAUU